AUGGAGCCUGAGAAUGCACAAACUUCGUCAAGUCGACACAAGUCUGGUCUCAAACUCAAGGACUGGGACGAGCAUAUUCUCAAGUUUCUAGAAACGGCAGGUCUUGACCAAGCUGCGCGCGGGUUCAAAUUAGAUGUCAUGGUAAUGAACCAUAACUCAGAAAAACGAUUGUUGGUUGCAUUAGAACAGUUUUGUUCUGUUGUGGCGGGCAAAGCUUCGGUCGUGGUUGGUGCAGACACCAAGACGGAGAUGGACCCUCCAAACUCAGAUUUAGACGAAAUUAAACAAAGACGGCCCGCUCGGGAAGACGAUGAAACUGGGGAGAUUCCGAAACGUCCCGUAGGCGCCGGGGACAAGUCGUCGGGUGUGAAUGAGCGGUUUCAGGCUGUGGAAACACAUCUGGGCUUAAGAUACGUUCCUGCGCCGCCAGCAGACUAUAUGCUCCGUGUAAAGCACAUUGAAGAGCACAUUAUUCGACUAGAGAAAGAAUACCCUCCCUGGGCGGCAUUACACUUUAACCAACCGAACCGAGGCUGGCCGCCCCCACCACGAGACUCAAUCAUCGCCAUCCCACCUCACCUUACAUCUUCGACCCCAUCCGCUCCCGCUCCCUCCGGAUCCGAUACAAAAGGCAAACAUCGCGCCGGGAAAGAGUCAAGCCUUUUACGCGCGGCCCUAGAUAAGCUUGAAGUACAAAAGGCGCUGGAUGUUAUUAUGGCCAAGAAGGCGCAAAACAAGGCUGACCAACCGCCUCUGGUCAUCCCAAAUCGGGAUCUUAUGCAGCGGAUGAAUUUCCUGUAUCAGGCCAGCGCAACUCUCGCGCGUUCGGGAGCGCACCCGGAGACUGGCCGUCUGGCGCGAAAACACGUCAAGACAAUCAAAGGGAUUGCCAGCGGAGCAGUGGUCAAGAUUGACCCAAGUGUUAAACGUAUGCUUUGCAAGGGCUGCAACGCUGUACUCGUGCCUGGAUCUUCUGCUUCUGUGCGCGUGAAGACUUCGAGACCACACGGAAGAGUGAUAAGCUACACAUGCUUCUCUUGUCGCGAGGUCCGCGUCAUCCCUGCGGCCCCAACGAUACAGUCCCAUCAAGCUCCACAAGUGCAAGGCAAAAUCACCACAGAGAGCACAUGCACGAGUGAACAACGUGCAGGCGGGAAUGACGUGCAUGUAUCCACCGCGAAUGAUGAUAUAGACGAUAACGUUCAGCCCAGCGCUACGGCUCCCAAAACCGAUCAGCAUAGGCGCCGGAGAUCAAAGGCCCGCCCGGUGCCGUUCUUCGCACGCGUAGAUGCCGGACAUGUGAUCUUUCGAGGUAUAGAACGCAUGGAUGGAUGA